AUGAAGUCCAAGAAAGAACCACAACAGUUUCUAUUUGAUGAAAAACAGCAGAAAAGAAACAUUGGACCAGAACAGAAGAAGGGUAAUGAAUGCUCUGCAUCUCAGGCUGCUGAAUCCCAGGUGUUUGAUAAACAUAGGAGAAUUAACAUAGAGGAGAAAUCUGCUAAAUUCUUGGAGUGUGGAAAAAGCUUUGGUUGGAAAGGAGAUAUUCCUGGCCAUCAACAGCUCCACACAAGAGACACACACAAAUGCCUGGAAAAUGAAAAGAGCUUUACUGAAAGUUCACAGUUUACAAAACAUAAUCAAAGCCACACUGGGGAGAAACCAUAUAAAUGCUUGGAGUGUGGAAAGAGUUUUCUUCGGCGAGGCAACCUAAUUGUACACCAACGAAUACACACAGGGGAGAAGCCAUAUACAUGUUUGGAUUGUGGAAAGAGCUUUGCUUUGAGUUCUCAGCUUACUAAGCAUCAACGUAUCCACACUGGGCAGAAACCUUACAAAUGCUUGGAGUGUGGAAAGAGUUUUCUUCGGCGAGGCAACCUAAUUGUACACCAACGAAUACACACAGGGGAGAAGCCAUAUACAUGUUUGGAUUGUGGAAAGAGCUUUGCUCGGAGUUCUCAGCUUACUAAGCAUCAACAUAUCCACACUGGGCAGAAACCAUACAAAUGCUUGCAGUGUGAAAAAAGCUUUGCUCAGAGCACUUACCUUAUUAAACAUCAGCGCAUUCACACAGGGGAGAAACCAUAUAAAUGCUUGGAAUGUGGAAGGAGCUUUGCUCGGACUGACCAUCUAGCUGCUCAUCGACAAAUUCACUCUGGGGAGAAGCCAUACAAAUGCUUGCAGUGUGGAAAGAGUUUUACUCAGAUUUCACAGAUCCACCAGCGAAUCCACACUGGGGAGAAACCAUAUAAAUGCUUGGAGUGUGGAAAGAGCUUUCCUUCAAGUUCACAGCUUACUUCACAUCAACGAGUCCACACAGGGGAGAAACCAUAUAAAUGCUUGGAUUGUGGAAAAAACUUUGCUUGGAUUAAAGAUCUUAAGUCCCAUCAAUAUAUUCACUCUGGAGAAAAGCCAUAUAAAUGCUUGGAGUGUGGAAAAAGCUUUGUUUGGAGUUCACAGCUUACUGUACAUCAGCGUAUCCACACUGGGGAGAAACCAUAUAAAUGCAUGCAGUGUGGAAAGAGUUUUUCUCAGAAUUCACCGCUUACUGCACAUCAACGUAUCCACAGUGGGGAGAAACCAUAUAAGUGCUUGAAAUGUGGAAAGAACUUUGCUUGGACUGCUCUUUGCACGACACAGAGCUGA